AUGCCUGCCGCCAACGUAGCCGUUGUUCCCGCCACGUCGGCUGCAUCAACGCCAGCCGCCCGCAAGACCUCGACCUCGGGCUCGCAACCGGAGAGAAAGUACAAAUGCCAGUUCUGCGCAAGGGCAUUUAGUAGAAGCGAACACCGCAGUAGACACGAGCGAUCACACACCAAGGAACGCCCCUUCAAGUGCAUGAAGUGCCGCAGUACCUUCGUGCGACGCGACCUGCUUCUACGCCAUGAUCGAACUGUCCACGCAAAGGAUGGCGGCGUCCCUCUCCACAGCGACGGCAAGCGUCGCGCUGGCCCCAAGGCUCCUCGCCCCGUCGGCGGUCCGUCCAAGUCGUCCAUCGCCCUUGACAACGCCACCAUUGAGCAGAUCGAGGCCAGCAGUGAUGGCAACUUCGAUGUCGAGACCGCUGCCAUGCUGAUCACCGACCUGCACCACAAGACGGCCGCUGCCAUGCGCAAUGGAAGCCUGUACGAUGGGAGCUCGGCCAUGGCUGGCAUCGCCUACACCCAGAACGACACCCCCAUGAUGGAGCCCGCCGUUCCAUAUGUGCCCGAGGUCCUCCCUCCGCAGAACGUCCAGUGGGAUGCCUUCCUCAACCACGCCGUCUCGGAGGCCAAGGCCCAUUCCACCACCUCCAAUGGCUCCUUCGACCAGCAGUCCUUUGCUUCUGUGAGUACCGCCUACGCCCAGGUCAAACCCAGUCCUCGGUUGCCACCCAUCUCCUCAGUCCGUCAGACUUGCAACGAUCUCGUGCCCGCCCUGCAGUCCAUGAUCGACUCGCUGCCCCCUGCAUCCGCUGGUUCCUCCUCGCGUGUCCCCUCCUCUGCCACCGCCUCCACCGCUCCCACGUCGCCCCUCCUGACCCGAAGCGUGUAUUCCUUUGCUGACCCGCCCAAGUCCCCGGCCGGGUUCAAGGCUCCCCAGGUGCUCAGCGAUGAUGAGCGGAACAUGAUACUGGACAAUAUCCGGGUCCACGACGGCGAGCGCGCCAUUCCCGAAGGCUUCCGGGUUCCCAACCUGGCCUCCCUGAAUCGGUACCUCGCAACCUACUUCGGCCUGUUCCACCAUCAUUUGCCGUUCUUGCAUCCCGCCUCCUUCAGGCCGACCGAGGUUUCCCCAGCACUGUUGCUUGCCGUGCUCUCCAUUGGUGCUCUCUACGCCUUUGAUCAAGACCAGGCGUACAUGCUGCACAUCGGAUCCAAGGUGCUGGUCAACCAGUUUCUGCAGAACAAGGAGAACUUCAGCUCCCGCAAGUGUCCCUUGUGGACGAUGCAGGGCUCUUUGCUCAACAUGAUCUUCGCCAGCUGGAGUGGCGACCCGAAGGGUCUGGAGUGGGCUUGCUCCAUCAAGAGUCUGCUCGCCAACAUGGUCGCCGGCAACCGCUACGAACUGAAGCUGCGGCACGAGGCGCGCGCCGGUGUUCUACCUACGCGCGCAGAAUGGGUCGAGGAUGAGGGCUGCCGCCGAACCUACUACGCAGUCUACAUCUUCUUCGGCCUGCUCACUCUCACCUACAACCACACCCCGGCCAUCAGCUUCAACGAGUUCGAGGACUUGCAACUGCCCUCAGCCGAAGGUCUCUGGAACUCAAAGGCGACCGAUGAGGAGGCGUGGCAAGAACAGCUCAAGGCGUCUUGCGUCGUCACCUUCAUGGACGCCCACGACAACCUCUUCCAGGGCGAGCAGUUGAAGUACAGCGCUUUUGCGACGCGUGUUAUGAUCAACGCCUUGUUCCUGGAGGUUUGGUAUCACAAGCGCAGCCCCGAGGCUCUGCAGGAUGUUGUGACCGAGUACAAGCUCAGGCUUGCUCUCGAGACCUGGGAGAAGUCCCUGGAUCUCUGCGAGCCCGAAGCCGACACGGUCCCUCUCAGUGCUCCCCACAAAGGUCACCCUCUGAUUUUCAACGCGAGAGCCAUGUUCCGCAAUGCGCGGGCACGUCUCGAGGUUGAUCUGAAGACGGUUCAAGAGGCACUUCGUUAUCACGAUCCCUACGAGGUUGCCGCUGCCAUGUCGGGCGCACGUGACAGAGUCCGGCGUUCCAGUGAGAUGAUCAAGGUCAUCCAGGAGUGCUACAACUGCAUCGAGACUGCUGUUCGUCAGGGUGUUCGAUGGGUUGCUCGCACGUCGCCGACCAACUGGAGCAUUGAGCAUCCCUUGUGUGGCAUGGAUCUGAUGAUCAUUCUGACGUUGUGGCUAUACCGUCUGGAACAUGACGAGGAAGCCGCUUCGGAGGAGGAGGCAGCCAUGUACACCAAGAUCCGCUCGCUCUUCGAGAACGAGUCGGAGCAUACUUCGACGACGCAGCUGAGCUCAGUCGUUGCGAACCUCUGGGGUUCAAUGUUAUCCGAGGUCGUCGUGUGGGGAAUCACCAGGCUCAUGGGAGAGUCCUUCCACCUCCACGGCCAAGCACUCAUCGGCUAUGUCGACGACGUCGAGGCGUCUUCCAACGUCUCGACCCCGUCGAUGAUCUCGCAAGGGGCCGAUGAGGAUAGCGUGUACUAA